AUGAACCAGACUGAUGAACCUAUAGCUGAUUUCACUGUCAUCCACAAGACUGAGAGCAUGAAGGAGGAGGUGGCUGGGAGAAAGGUGACUGUUGUGGAGACCCCUGACUUUUUCUCAGCUGAACUCUCUCAGGAGAAAAUAAGAAAGGAUGUCCAAGAAGCUAUCAAUUUGUCUAAGCCCGGACCCCAUGCCUUGAUCCUGAUAAUACCUGUAAAGCUUUCAGAAGACAACAAAGUUAUUGUAGAGGAUUUAAAAGUUACUUUUUUAAAGAUGGAAGAGAUCUUUGUAGAGAGGUUCUGGAAACACACCAUGAUCAUAUUCAGUGUUAGUAAUGAACCUCUGAAGAUGAAGAUUGAGGAGUUUAUCCAAUCAGGAGACCAGGAGGUCCAGACACUUGUACAGAAAUGUGAGUACGAGUGUGACUUUCUCAUGACAAAGGACAACAAAGUUGGUCCUCAGGACUUAGAGUAUCUGCUGGAGAAGAUAGAUAACAGGGAAGGUGGAAACGUAAAGGACUUCUACAGUAGUGAGGUUUAUCUGAAGACACUAGCUUCGAUUGGAGGGAUUGAGAAAAAGAUCAACAAUGAACUAGAGAAUCUUGAUGAUCCAGUGAAUGAACUGAUGAGAAACAAAGAACAGAACAAAGAAGAAACAAAGAGAAAUGGAAAGGUAGAGCAAGAAGAGUCAGAGCAAAGUCCAAAAGAGGGGAAAAUUGUUGAAGGACUAAAUGACAACAUGGUGAUACAGAAAGUGAAUGAAGAGUGCAUGGAGACAGAGAGAAAGUCUGAAAUAUAGACUUUCCUGUCUGGAAUCUGGAGAGAUUUUUUGAAUUCUAGCAUGAAGAUGCAAGAAGAGAUUGAAGGAAAGAAUAGACAGAUCAAGGAAGAUGAUAAAAUCCAUUGAGAAUUGCUUGACAGUUUUCUAUUUCCGUACAAAUCUAAAUAUUCAGGAAUGUAAAUCCUCUUUUUCCUCCUUUUUCCUAUUCCAAUUAAUUGUAUUCUUGGUUUGCAAUGCUAAAUAGUAAUAAUAACAAAUAGAUUGCAGUGUUAUAUGUAGUAGAUAAUGAGUAAUCAUUGUAUUUUACUGUCACUGUCAGACGUUUUAGCUUUGCCUUGCACUAAAGCUCUAUAAAUUAGAGAAUGCUACCAGUUCAGCACUGAAUACAUUACAUGAUAUUUCUCUUGUGAUAAGUCACUCUGUAUCUCAUUAUAUACCGCUUAUAAACGCUUAUAAACACCUUCA